CGGUAGCACUGGCACUUGAUAGAGUGUUCUCUCCUGCAUUGCCCCUGAAAAUGGCGUUGCACUUUGGGGUAUUCUGUCUUUCCAUUACAGUGAUCUACAACAGACGACCAUGGAUCCCGAUGGCUCUAACAUUGGUCAUGACACAGCUGUCAUUCCAGUGGCUUCUGCUACCCCCAUUCUUUUAUCUGGAGUGACUGCAGCUGAUGCUCCAGUUGUCUCGGCUGUACUGCUUUCAGAUUCCUCGGAUGUGCAUCGAAACAAGAGAGGAAGAGAUGCCCCCAGUAGGAGAAGGAGGAAUACGUUCAGCAGUAACCAUCAUGAAGAAGAAGAAGAAAAGCGAGAAGUGACCCAACAUCCUCCACAACAACAACAGAGACGGACCAGCAGAAAUGACAAGUUCGUCACUGCCAGAAGAGAACAAGACGAAAGAUUUGCUGCUACAAGAGCAGUCACGUCCACAACGGCUGCCAAACAUGGACUCAGACGAUCAAGACAAGAUCCUGCAGUUGGCAACAGCAACAACGGUGGAUUGGAUUCUUCAGUCGUCUACUCUCCAAUAACCGAACGUGUUUUGUCUCCUGUAUCGAUUCAGCCCAAGACGGAUGCUGUCAAUGAUGCACAAGAAAUUUGCUCAACUACCGAACCUGACAUUGAAGUACAGGAAAUCACCGAGACUACAGAACCACCACCUCCAGUCAGUUCCUUUACUCGGACCGCAAUUCCAUCUACUGGUAGAGGCACAAGCAACAAUCAGAGCAGUGCCGUCAACGAAAGUAACAAUCUUCAAAACACCAACCAGACAAGUGAUGAUGAGUUUGUCAGUUGUGCAUGCAAAAUAUCAAAAACAAUUUGCUGGGCUCUGUUAAUAGCUGCUGUCAUUGCUGUGGCCAUUGCAGUUGUUGUUACUCUCGUUGGCAUGGGUGGUGAUGAAGUUGAUCCUGUCAUUGGAGAUUCCAUGGCAACAGAGACAACCAGACAACCUUCUACUAGUAUGACCCCCACACUAGCUCCUUCAACAAAUUGGGCAUCUCUUGCCCCAUCCAAAACAACAACACUGGACCCUAGCAGCAUCGCACCAACCACUGCAAAUCCAGC